GUAGAAGUUUAACAUGCCUUAGGGUUUACAUUUCGCUUGAAUAAAAUGAAGAGAACAAGCAGAAGAUCGUCAGUUAUUGCCAAAGAUGGAGCGGUUUCUGUUGGGAAUUUCAGUACUAGAUUCUCGCUUCCUUCAUUUGUCAAGCGAGUCAAUAGGCUGACUGAAGCUCAGAAAGAGGCUAUAAGAAGGACUGGGUUUGGCACUUUACUCUUGAUUCCAAAUCAAAUGCUUUGUAAAAACCUCUUAGUUGAGCUUAUGGAAAGAUGGAAUUGCGACAAGUCUGUUUUCGUAAUUUCUCAUAGGGAGAUUACCAUAUCCCUUAUGGACGUUGCAUUAAUCUUGGGAUUAAGGGUGAUGGGAAAACCUGUAGUUCUAAGGGAAGACACACCAUUCCUUAGUUUGGAAAAAGAUUAUGGUGCUGUCCUCUGGAAUCGAAAAAUUACUGUUGCCUCAGUCGAAGAGAGACUCGAGUCUCUUGGAGAGGCUGUCGGUGAAGACUUCUUAAGGUCAUUUCUGUUAUUUAUGUUUGGAACACUGCUCUUCCCCAACUCAAAUGGAAAAAUCGAAUCACGAUACCUUUACCUUCUCCGGGAUUUGGAUAGAGUGGAUGAGUUUGCUUGGGGUGCAGCUGUUCUUGAAGAUCUAUUUUACUGGUUGAGCAAGAGAAAGAGGGACAAUGUGCAAUAUGUGGGAGGCUGUCUGAUCCUUCUCCAAAUAUGGUGUUAUGAGCAUAUUAAGAUCGCUAGGCCCGCUAAGAUAGAUAAAACUGUUAAUCAUCCCCGCGUUUGCCUAUGGGGAACUACACAAACCCAUCACCGCCAGUGGUUCAUUGACAAGUUCAAAACUCUCGGAGGCAAUCAGAUUGUUUCGAGCGUUGAAUUGACUCCUGACGAAUCAGAGAUUGGAAUAAUCAAAGAGUUGCUAGAGACACAGUGGGAAAGUGCAGGACAAACUGAGCUGCAGCUAUCAUCAGAUAAUGUUUCUGAUAUAAGAGAACAAUUUAUGGUUGAAAUGGAGAUGGACUCAGUGAAAAUAAUCAGUAAAGAAGCCUAUCAGGAGCAAAUAGGUUGUCGGGUUCAGGAGCAAAUAGGUUGUCGGGUGACCUCUGGACCUUAUUGUGUAGAAAGUGCAACUGAACCAGCAGAGGAUCCACUAAUUUCAUGCGGAGGUUCUGUUGUAUUAAUCAGCAGCAAUGAUGAUUGUGAGGGUGAUCUGCAAAGAAAAAACUUGGUUUUGGAAGAGCAGUUAAAUGAACUAAGGAAAGAAAUUGCUGAUCUGAAAAGAGAGAAUGUCGUUUUGCACGACCGCCUCUCAUCAUGUCUUAAAUUUGAGAAGCACAAUGUGGAACUGAUGAAAGAAGUAGAUACUAUGAGACAAGAAAACUCAGCAAUAAAUACUCUUGUGGUUCGACUAGAGAGAAUUGUUCUUGAUGAUAACAGUACAUAUAUGGUUGAUGAUCAGGACAUUACAAAAAUACCGAGCAUUGAAUGAAGACUCAACUGAAAAGCACCGCCAUGGGCAUUAAUUAGGUGGACUCCAUGCUUAUGAAGAAGACAUUGGAUUUCAUCAGAGAUUCCUUUGCAACGAUAUAUAUGUUGACAACCUGUACAUUGCUGAGACUUCCAUUAGUGCAUCAAUGGGUUUCUCUCUUCUGGAAGAGUUUAUGAUCUAGAAGACCAUCAUCUGGAAAAAAGAGUAUAUUCCUUCAAGAUGUUCAUUUGUCGUUUGGCUUGGCCUCCUAAGAAGCCGCCAAAUACGGAUAAAUUGAAGUCUUUUCAUAUUGAGAGGCAAUAUAAUAAGAGUUAUGUGGUGAUGAACAAGAAAUAGUGGAACACCUU